CUUUCUUGAGUAUAGAUGUGAUAUUUUUAUCUUAAUAUGACUGAAAUACGACCACUAAAUGAAGAAUUAAAAGCAAUUGCCAAGAACGAGUUAAAUGAAGUUGAGAGUCGUAUAGUUGAAGAUAUUUCAACACUAAGAACAUGGAUCCAAAAACAACCACAUUUGAGGGCUCGUACAGAUGACCAAUUUUUAGUAACAUUUCUUAGAGGCUGCAAAUAUAGUAUCGAAAAAGCUAAAUCAAAAAUUGACUAUUACUAUACUAUCAAAGCGUUAUUACCUGAAAUAUUUGUUAAUCUUCAAAUGACUGAAGAAUUCGUUGAAUUUGCACGCUUAGGUUGCUUUUUAGUACUUCCAAAGCCACUUGGCGGCAUCGGUGGCCCACGUAUAUACCUAACAAACUUUACAAAUCUAGAUCCAAAUAAAAACAGUUUAAAACAAUAUUUUCGAUAUCAUACAAUAGUUCAUGAGUUUGAGAUAAAUAUGGAUGAUACUGGUAUCAUAAAUGGUUUUGUUAAAAUUGUGGAUUACUCCAAAUACAAGCCAGCAUUCAUAAAAGAAUUUAAUCCAAUAUCCGUUUUUAAUAUAUUAAAACCUUUGAUGCCUGUAAAACAACAGGAAAGACUUUAUGUACAUGGUGACAAUCUGGAGGAACUUUACAAGCAUAUACCACAAAAAUAUUUACCCAAAGAAUAUGGUGGAGAAAAUGGAUCAAUCGAACAAAUCAUAGCUGAUUCUGUAAAAAUCUUCUUAGAGUAUAGAGAUUAUUUAAUAGAAGAUUUAAAGUACGGCGUCGAUGAAAAUUUACGCUCUGAAAAAUCUGUUGACUAUGAUAAUAUUUUUGGUGUAGAAGGCUCUUUCAGAAAACUUAUUGUAGAUUAA